GCAGCACUUCCGGCGUGCCGUCCGCUGCGCGGCCCGGCCUGGUGAUGUGAGCGCGGCUCGGCGCCGGAGACUUCUCCUUGCGUGAGUGCCGGCACUGGGGCCUGUAGACGGCAGGGAGUGGAUCUCCAAUGUCCUGCCAUGGAUGAUGAUAGCCAGGAUGAACUGAUAAACAAGAAUGCCGCACUAGGCAAGGGCAGAAGGCAAAGUCUAGCAUUCCUCAGUGAAACAGAAAGCAAUGGUGGAAACAGUUGUGAGUCAGAAGGUGAUACUGGAAGUGAGGAGGAAGAAGAUGACACUGAGGAAGAGGGAGGUGAGGAGGACAAGGAAGAAAGUGAAGAUGAAGAAUUAGAAGACUGUGAAGAUGAUGAUGAAGAGGAAGAAGAGGAAGAAGCUGAGGCUGCUGUGGAGGGAAUGGCCAGUCCUCUCAAAUUAAAGCCACACAUGAAUGGAGUGAACAUCUCCUCUGAUGAGGAUGGUGAAAACUGCCCUAUUUGCCUCAACACGUUUAGGGAUCAGGCUGUAGGGACUCCUGAGAACUGUUCCCAUUACUUCUGCUUGGACUGCAUAGUGGAGUGGUCAAAGAAUGCAAACUCUUGUCCAGUGGAUCGAAUCCUCUUUAAGUACAUCAGCAUUCGGGCACAUUUUGGUGGUAAAGUCUUAAAAAAGAUUCCUGUUGAGAACACAAAAACUCAGGAUAGUGAAGGAGAGGAUGAUCCAACCUUUUGUGAAGUAUGUGGCAGAAGUGACCGAGAGGAUCGCCUGCUGCUGUGCGAUGGCUGUGAUGCAGGGUAUCAUAUGGAAUGCCUUAAUCCACCUCUGAGUGAAGUCCCUGUAGAUGAAUGGUUCUGUCCAGCCUGUGUUCCCAUGGGUGUCGAUGCUUCUGCAGAUACAGAUCAUGUGAGUGAAGAAGAGGUUGCUGCACUCAUGGCUGAUGUUACUCCUACCACUAGCAGGCUACGUCCUCAUGUCCGAACCCGAGCUAUAGCCAGGACUCGGCAGAGUGAGCGAGUUAGGGCAACAGUGAAUAGAAACCGAAUCACAACUGCACAGCAAAUUCAGCACGUGCCAAGGUACCUCAUGUCCUCUCUGCUGGAUGAAACAAUUGAGGCAGUUGUAGCAGGCUUAAACACAGCCAUCUACCAACGUCCUCUUACCCUGCAAGCUCCUGCUAGACAGAAGAGAAAAACAGGUAGGAGGAGGAAAGCAGCAGGCAAGAAAAGAACUCAGACAAAAUCUUCUGCUGGGAAGAAAACAUCGGGGACACAGGUGAAGAGACGCAAGCGUUUGAUGAAGAAGAGAAGAGGAAAAAAGAUAAGAGUAAGAUCACGUGUAAAAAACGAGGUUACUGCUCGCUCCCGCAUUGCAAGAACGCUUGGUCUUAGUAAACCUGUGCGUGGGGCCUCACUUCCUUCCAUGCACAAACCAACGGAGCCCUCACUUGGUCUGAUGAGAGCAGAUAUUGGUGCAGCUUCUCUGUCUGUGUUUGGAGACCCGUAUGAAUUGGAUCCUUAUGAAGGUAAUGAAGAGGUUCCAGCAAAUCCAGAUUCACCGCUGAGUGCCAAGAGGAGAGUUCUCUCCCAGUCAGCAUUGAGGUCUCACUGUCCUGUAGCUAGACCUGUUUCUGUGGGACUUCCCAGAAGCAGUGUACCUGCCUUGAGUCCUGAUCAAGAAGCAGAAGCUGCUCCUGUGCCUGAUCUGUUGGGUAGUAUCCUGUCUGGACAAAGCAUCCUCAUGAUGAGUAGUUCUGAUGUGGUUAUCAACAGAGAUGGUUCUCUGACAGCAAAGAAAGCAGCUCCACUUCACAGAAAAUCAGUAAAAGACUCACGAGUGGAUGACGGUUCAGGACAUAACCCCCAGCUGAGUACAGUGCACUCAGGGACCAUGACAGGCAGCUCCAUUUCUGGACCUUCUGUUUCUUCGGGGCUGAAUACUCACUCUAGACCCACCUCAUCAAGCUUAUUUUCAUCACCUUCACCGAACAGGACUGAGCCUGCAGCAAACCCAGCACAGACUACAUCAGAAAAAGCAACUGUAAAAUCGGAGUACUCAGUGACACCCAAGGUUGUUCAGACUACUCACAGCUUAGCUAGCCUGAACAGGCAUGGCUCCAAGCCAGAUGAAAUGCCCAGAUUUAAUGGAAACUCUAAAGACUUUUCACGUACCCAUUCAUCUUCAAAGCCCCUGUGCUGUAACUUGAAUUCUGGCUCAAAAGCUGUAACUGUGAGGCAACCAUUGAAGCCACCUCCCAGAAGAAUUGACAUAUUUGAGCUUCCCAGGAUACCAAAGAUUAAAAAGGAAACCAGCAGCAAGCAGGUGGAUUCAGAACCCACAGGAAGCCAAAGCUGUGACAUUCCCAGCUCCUGUAUAACCCAGCUGACUGGCAAAGAGAGCACUAAUCAGCUGGGGAAGGGUAGCAGGAUGGAAAGUCAGAAGUCAAAUGCCAGGGAAACUCAGCAACAAACACGUACAAGCGGGGUAUCUUUUUCUACCAACGCAGGCAUGUAUAGCAGCUCUUCACUACUGGGCACUUCAAGAAGCAAAGGCUCAAGUUCUUUUGAGAGUUUUAAAAUCAAUAUUCCUGGGAACACAGGACAUUCCAGCAGACUGUCUAACCCAGGAUUCUGUAACACCUUCCGCCCUGUGGAUGAAAAGGUGCAGCAGAAAGAGAGUCCUUCAGCUCUUUUCUCAGUUAAGAAGAAGCAAGUCAAAAGUGAGAUAUAUGAUCCCUUUGAGCCAACUGGGUCAGACUCAAGUUCAACAAGCAGCAGUCCGGAAAGGUUUGGCUCGGGGAUCCCGCUAACGAAUAUUACCAGGACGAUUUCCAUUGAAAAUCCAAAAGUUCAAACAUUUCAAACUGUUCGUCGUUUUACCCCUUACAUGGUAGAAAAUAUCUUUGGAUCUGGGGCUGAAUCUGAUGUACCAUCUAGUAAUACAGAAUCUCAUGAUGAUGUGCCAGUAGAAAGUAGAAUUGUAGAACAGAUUUCUGAUGCAGAGGAACGAGACAAUAUGGAUGAGGAAGACUUUCUGAGCAGUCCUUGCACUUCAUCUGUUGUUAAGCAAGUUUCAAAUGCAGAGCACUUAAAGGAGGAAGGUAGGGAGGGUCCCGAUGUGUUCUUCAAUGCUGAAGAAUUAAUUAGAUCUAAUAUUAAUGUGAAACUAGAACCAGAUAGUUCAUCAAAGAGUGAUGGGCAGCAGAAGGUCCAGAAGGCGGAGCAAACAGAGCGGCGAUCACGUUCCAGAUCCUGUUCAAACUCCAGUUCCCGAAGCAGGAAGAAGGCUAAAAGGAAAAAGGCACUCGUCAAAGAGCGGAAGAGAUCCCGAUCAGGGUCUAGGGGCAGAGCACAUUCAAGGGACCGAAGCUCCAGAUCUACCUCUUGGUCAGGUGGAGAAGAGAGCAGUAAAAUACACACGUUGAAAUCCAAGAGCAGGAGGUCUUCUACUGACCGUUCCAGCAGUCACGAACGAUCUAAAAAAAAGAAAAUGAAGGAUAAAACUAAGGAUAAAAAGGCAAAAUCUUCUUGGUCUAGGGAGAGAAAGAAAUCUAGGUCGCGUUCAGGUAGUCCUGGAAGUAAUUCUGAGUUUUAUGAAAAUAGGAAGAAGAAAAGACGGUCUCGGUCAAGGUCGAGACGGAGGGGUCGUUCCCGAUCAAAUAGUAUUGAGAGGACAAAGAGGCGGAAACACAGGAGAGACAAAAGCUACGAGAGGUAUGAUAAAGACAGUAGCUUGAGGUCAAGAGACAGAAAGAGAUCAAGAUCCAGGUCUCGGGAGAAGAGAAAGUGGAGGUCUCGGUCUCGGUCUGCAUCUCGAUCGCAAGAGCACAAAAGCAGCAAAUCGAAAGAAAAAAGACCACGAUCGAGAUCGCGUUCUAGGGAAAGAAAACGUAAAUCAAAGGAAACCUCGCUUCCUCCUCCACCAGAAAAAGAGCAAAGGCCUCCAGCUGAAAACGUACCCAGCUGUCCAGAGCAAUCUCAUUCCUUCAAACAAGAGCCGAAGGAUGAGCUGGUCCUAGAACAGCUUUCCGUAACCAUCCAACCAGAUGUCAAACUUGAAGAAAUGCAGACUGAGACCCCAGUUCAGCAGAGCGAGGCCCAAGAAACUGCAAAGGCAGAGGCCACCUGUGAGGUGGUGGCGAGUGAAAUUGCGUUCCCUGUGCCAGAGAUCACAAACGUUUGUGUUCCUAUUGGUAAUGUGGAUUCUUUUGCUGAAACAGAAUUAAUGAAUACGAGUGAUCCAGGACUGCUCGGUAGCUGUAGUAAUACAAACCUUGAGAUUACUGUUAAAAUAGAAAAUACUGCGUUAUGUCCACCUCUGAUGGAACCAUCUCCAAAGAAGGAGGUUACAGUGCAUGCUCAGACCGAGGCUGUGCCAGUUCAAAGCUCCUCUCAAACAGCAGAUUGCGUGAGAGAAGUUAAAGAUGAGUGCCUUGUGUCCAAUGAGAAGACCAGUAAUUUCAGUCAGCCUGAACUGGAGGUGGUAUCUCAGGGUCCUGUGUUGAAAUCUAAAGCACCUGUCAAGAGAGUUACUUGGAAUCUUCAAGAAGAAGAAAGUGGUGUGAUGUCUGCUGGAAGAGCGCCAAGGAUGCCGUUUUACAAACUUCAGCGAGCAAAAGAAGGGGUCUGGAAAGCAGAGGACUUGAACCAAACAUUAAAUCAGGUGUACUGUCAAAAUAUACCUUUGACACCACCUCUGCCCUCAAGCCUCCCCCCCUACGCACCUGUCAGCCAGCCCACAGUUCAGUUCAUCAUGCAGGGCAGCCUCCCUGCACUGGGCUGUGUGGCAGGCCAGAGCCUGACUCCGGAGCCAGGCAGCCUGGCUACUGCAUCUGAACCAGGAAUUCAAGCUGCUUCUGUUGGAAAUGAAGAAGAAAAAAUCAAAGCACCAAAACCCGAAGUGGAUAAAACGAAGAAUGAGGAAUACAUGAAGAAGCUUCACAUGCAGGAAAGGGCUGUAGAAGAAGUGAAACUUGCUAUCAAACCCUUUUACCAGAAGAGGGAGAUUACAAAGGAGGAGUACAAGAACAUUCUUCGAAAAGCCGUGCAGAAGAUCUGCCACAGCAAAAGUGGAGAGAUCAACCCUGUGAAGGUAGCUAACCUGGUGAAGGCAUAUGUGGAAAAAUACAAACAUAUGAGGAAGCAUAAGAAGGCUGAUGUUGAAGAUACUCGUGAAGUGGAAAACUGAGAGCAAGCUUGCAGCUGAUGUGACUUGAUUUGAACUUAUUUUGGCUGAGAACAUUGUUCCAGAAGGAAAAACAGAUCUGCAGUAACAUCUCAUCAAAAACCGAUUGCAGAGAAGCAAGUUUAUGAUAGGAUUUAUCUGCUGAACCUGCUUUUGAAUUGUUUCCAUAUGGGAAUGAGCUUGGAGUUUUGUUUUGUUUUGUUUUUUUUUUAUUACCUAUAGAUGUAGAACUCAAUAACAAUCAAAUGCCUCAGACCAGCAGAGUAAUUCCAGGAGAAACAAAGAAGAGAUUUGUGUUUAGGACUCCCGGAUUGCUACAGUUUUCAGGGUUACUUUGAUCACGUUUUUGGGGCUGUGCACCUGUCUUGCUAAAAGUUUGAAACUGGACACCACUUUUCAUAUACAGUAUAUUGAGAGUUAUAUACUGUUUCCCUUGUGUUUAUUUAUCGAAAUAUGGAUUGUCUUUAGGAAUUUCUGAUUUAAUACUUGAAAUGUGGUAUUUUUAGCCUGCUCGAUGGUGAGCGAAGCUUUACUCGCUCUGUCGUCUGGGGAUUGCAGAAAUGAGCUAACCUUUAUAAAUUGACUUCAGAAACACUGCUCGAGGCGUGGUGUUGAUUUUCACUCUGUUGGAAGUAUCUCGUUAGUGAAAAGUUUAAUUUUGGGGAGGGACAUUAUGUUGCACUUCUGUAAAUAAUGCACUGAUGGCUGGUUUUAUGUCUGCCUUUCAGGAAAAAAAUGAAACAAAAAGCAAACGUUGUGAAUUUUCAGUAACAAGCUUGAGGAACAAGAGUGAACUGAUGUACAAAGCAGAAAUGUGACAGAAUUUAUAAAGUUAUUUUGAAUGGUUUUAGUCCUA